CUCAGUAAGAAAAGCAGCUGAUUUUGACACUGGCCAUUGUCAAAAUUUAAAUAUUGUGACAGUGGAUUUAAAAUAAUUUUUUAAAAAUUUUUUAAAGGAUUUAAAUAAAUAAUUUUAUUAUUUGAUGAUUAGAAAGUUUUUUAGCACAAAAGGAUUCGACACUGACAGUAUCAGUGAUUAGAGUCCUUUGUAGUUUUGUUUUAUGGGUUUAAGUUAUAAUAUAAGUAAGAGUGGAUUGUCAGUGAGCAGUGACCAGUUAGAGUCCAGUCAGUUAGUCCUUUCUUUCUUUUAGUUCUUAUACUAAACCAGGGAUAUAAAACUACGGUCUGUUGUCACGCGGGCAUUUAACUCCAGUGUUCGUUCUGCCUCAGUAGUGUCAGUAGUGUCAGUGGUGUCAAUAGUUACGGAUGUUUUGUGUCAGACACUAGGACAACACUUAUUAAUUUUUUUUUUAAGUAAUCAGUGAUUUAUUUUUCUGUUUUAAUUAAUUAAUUUUUUUUAAUGAGCUCUGAUAAGAAGUCGGAUAAUUAUUUUAAUUAUUGGAGUAGGUUAUGAGGAUUUUAUGGAUUUAUUCAAUCGUGUUGAAAACACGAGGUGAUAAUUAGCAUUUAAAAUAAUGGGUGACAUAAAAAAUUUAACACUUGGAAGUGUACCAAGAUACAAUGGUGACGAGCAAGUGCAAUUUAUUGCGGAAGGAAGUAAUCAGGUGACAAUUAGAUCGCCACCACCUUCGCUGCAUCUUGAAAAUCUCAAUAACGCAAUCUUAGGAGGUUCUCAAAAUAAUUUGCACUGCAGUUGCAAUGGAACGACCCAGGCACCAGUGAACGGUAACGCGGGCACUGGUUGUGCGAGUGGAGGCCUAGCUAGAAAAAUUCAAAAUCACACGGGCGUGAGUCCAGGUCAGGUUAACAAACGGCCUGCUGUCGCUCUUACGCAUUUGCCCAAAAGACCCCCGGUGGACAUCGAGUUCAAAGAUUUGGCCUACAGCGUUUCUGAAGGUAGACAAAGAGGCUAUAAAACAAUAUUAAAAUGUGUCAAUGGAAAAUUUCGUUCAAGCGAAUUGACGGCAAUAAUGGGUCCGUCUGGCGCUGGCAAAAGUACACUAAUGAAUGUGCUAGCAGGAUACAAAACGUCAAAUUUAAACGGAUCAAUAUUAAUAAAUGGUAAGGACCGGAACUUGCGACGUUUUCGUAAAAUGUCAUGUUAUAUAAUGCAAGACGACCGGCUGCUGCCUCAUUUGACGGUCCAUGAGGCGAUGAUGGUAUCGGCGAACUUAAAAUUAGGCAAAGAUCUCGACGCCGCGGCAAAGAAAGUCGUCGUUGCGGAGAUAAUUGAUACAUUGGGCCUAAAUGACGCAAACAACACCCAAACACAGUGCCUAAGUGGCGGACAACGCAAACGUUUAUCAAUCGCAUUGGAAUUGGUUAACAAUCCACCAGUUAUGUUCUUUGACGAGCCGACUUCAGGCCUUGAUAGCUCGUCUUGCUUCCAGUGCCUCAGUUUGCUCAAAUCCUUAAGUAGAGGAGGAAGAACAAUUAUUUGUACAAUACAUCAACCUAGCGCACGUUUAUUCGAAAUGUUCGACCAUUUAUACUUACUAGCCGAAGGACAAUGUAUAUAUCAAGGGAACGUCGGUGGUCUAGUACCAUUUUUAUCAUCAAUGGGCCUCGAGUGUCCCAGUUAUCACAACCCCGCGGACUAUGUAAUGGAAGUUGCAUGCGGUGAGCAUGGCGAGUGUGUGGAAAAAUUAGUAACCGCAGUAAAUAAUGGAAAGUGUAAUAACUACCAGCAUCAUCAAGCAGCAUUUGCUACUCCCAUGGUGUCAAACGAUAUCGCGAAACAAUCACCGCCAAAUGAACAAACCAAGCCCGGAGCUCCUGGUACCGGAAACUCACUAAUACCCAAUGGUAUUCCUAAAGGUCCAGGUGGUGCAAUAGCUCUCAAUAUGCCAGUAUCUUGCACUACUUCUUUAUUAGACAGUGCCGAGAGUAUAGAACAAACUGUUGGCUUUCCUACUAAUGGAUGGACACAAUUUUGGAUUUUACUUAAGCGGACGUUUUUAUCACAGAUGCGUGAUAUGACAUUAACAAGAGUACGACUUAUAUCACAUAUUAUUGUGGGUUUACUUAUUGGUGCUCUUUAUUAUGAUAUUGGUAAUGAAGGUGGUGAAGCUUACAGUAAUGCCGGAUGUAUAUUUUUUACUGUUAUGUUUCUUAUGUUUACUGCAAUGAUGCCUACGAUACUUACUUUCCCAACAGAGAUGGCUGUAUUUGUAAGAGAACACCUUAAUUACUGGUACUCAUUGAAAGCUUUCUAUUUAGCCAGAACGGUCGCGGAUUUGCCGUUCCAAACAGUAUUUUCAAUAGCCUAUGUUAUGAUUGUUUAUUUUAUGACGUCGCAACCACUGGAAGCUUAUAGAUUUUUAAUGUACAUGAAUAUAUGUAUUCUUACGGCCCUGGUUUCUCAGUCCAUUGGAUUGUUAAUCGGAGCUGCGAUGAGCGUUGAGAGUGGAAUGUUCAUCGGACCAGUAAUGUCAGUACCAAUAGUCCUAUUCUCUGGUUUCUUCAUAAAAUUCACCGCAAUGCCGAGUUACUUGAGCUGGCUGUCCUAUGUCUCGUACAUCCGGUACGGGUUCGAGGGUGCAAUGAUCACCGUCUUCGUACAAUCGACCGCGUCUCAAGUGCUCGAUCGAAUACUGCCACUUCAGAACUCCGACAAAAUUCCUCGAGGAAAUGUCAAUGCGCGACGCCGUCUACUGGAUCGACGUCGUCGCUCUCAUUGGUUUUCUUCUUCUAUUGAGGAUCACAACCUACUUCGUCUUGAGACUUAAGCUUCGAUCUCUUCGCUAAUCAGCAACACGACAAUAAAAUGGGUAUCCAACAAAAUCCCAAUUAAUCAACAAAUUAAUUAAUUAUUAAUUAUUUACUUAAAGAAAAUCAAUCAGUUAUUUGAAAUAAAUAAAAUCCCGCCAAAUGUUUUCAAGAGGAAUAUGUCGAAGACUGAAAUUCUAAAUGUUCUGAAGACAUUUUUAAAAUAAUUAACGCGAUACAAUUUUAAUAAUUAACAAAAAAAAAAAUAAUUAUAAUGAAUCGUCAUCUAAAAUUAAUUAUAAAAAAAACAAAUCGUGGGAGGAGAGAGAAGUUAAGACACAAAAUCAUGUUAAUUAAUUUAUCUUUUUUUUUCUCGACAAUGUUGGUUGUACGGUGGAAUUGUAAUUAUUAAUUAAUUAUUAAUUAUUAAUUAAUUGAGAUAAUUAAAAUUAAAAAAUAACAGGAUUAGUGUGAACUUGACGAAAUAAAAUAACUCGCCAGAGGCCUUCUGAAGCCUACAAGACUUAUUUCCCUCCACGAUCAAUUAAGAUCGAUUAAUUAGGGAUUAACAUCAAUAGUCCCUUAAUUAGAAAAAUUAAUUAAAAUAAUUUAAUAUGAAGAUUAAAUGUAAAAGUGUUUCAUUAAUUAAUUAAUUAAUUAAUUACUAUAGAAUAAUUAAUACUAGAUAAAUAAAUUGCUUAUUGGUAACAGAAUAAAUUAAUGAGCAAUCGUGAUUGGAUACUCGCUAUAGAUUAUUAAUUAUUAAUUAAUGGUAAAUAAUAUUAAUAAUAAUUAAUGGGGUAAAUAAUCGACGGAUUUUUACAAUUAACUCGAUUUUAUUUAACAAUAAAAUUCAUAUCGUCAUUUAUUGAUGGAUCAUUUUAUUAAUUAGUUAUUAAUAUUAAUUAAUUACGUAAGCGGAUUAUCAAGAGCUCAUUACAUUAAACAAUUGACCAAUCACUGGCUGCCUGGUUAAUAAUUUGCUUGACGCGAAAGUUGCGUUUUUUUGUGAGAUCAACGAAUUAAAAAAAAAAUUAAUUAAUUAAUUAUAUGAUAGAUGAUUUUUAUUGAUUAAUGUUGUUAUUGACCCUCUGUACACAAAUUUCAAGUAAUUUUUAUUUUAAUUAAAAAUUAUUUUUCGAAAUUUUAUUUAGGGGGGGAUUUAAUUUUUAUAAAUUUGUGGAAAAAUGAAUUUUAGAAAUUUUUAAUGACAAAAAAUUUAUUAAUUAACUUUUUAAUGGGGUAAUAUGGCAACGUAUGGAAUUUGAAAUUUGAAGUCUUGGGUUCGAAUCCUGGUGUCGGUAUAAAAUUUUUUAUAAAAAAAAAAUAAGCAAUUAAAAUUAUUUUUUUUUUUGUGUCAUGAUUAAAAAAAAAAUAAUUUUUAAAUUAAUGAGUCAGAAAAUAAAAUAGAAAAUUAUCUCGUAGCAAUUUCGUCGUAAGUGUACUGAGAGUUAAAAAAAAAGGGAGGGGGGUCGACGAAUUUUUAUAAAUUUUUGGAAAAAUGAAUUUUAGAAAUUUUUAAUGACAAAAAAUUUAUAAAUUAAUUUCUAAAUGGGGCAAUAUGGUAACGUAUGAAUUUUGAAAUUUGAAGUCUUGGGUUCGAAUCCUGGUAUCGGUAUAAAAUUUUUGAUAAAAGAAAAUUUAAUUAAAAUAUUUUUCGUCAUGAUUAAAAAAAAAUUAAUUCUUAAAUUAAUGAGUCAGUAAAUAAAAAUAAAAAGUUAUUUUGUGACAAUUUUGUCGAAUGUGUACAGAGGGUUGAAAAAAAAAUUAAAAAAAAAAAAACAUAACUGAGGUCUUACGUAUUAAUAAUAAAUGUAAUAUAUAAAAAGUGCGAAUGAGAAUUUUUUUUUUGUAAUAGGCAUCGAAACAAAAAAUUUUUUAGCGAAUUACCCUAAUGGAAGUAAUUAUAUUAACAUUUUUUAUUAC